AUGGAGGCAGAUGACUUGGACAAUUUGAUUGCGGACUCGCUGACUGGUGUGCAAACUGCCCUGGACAACGAGCGCAAGGCGGCACCCGCAGAGAGCGGACGAAGUGCCGGUGAGGCCGUGCGAGAACUGCAACAAGGUGCCAAAAGGACGGGUGAAGGCCAACCUCCUGGUGAGGACUUCUUCAAGGAUCUCGUCAAGAACUUUCAGGACGAGAAUUUUCAGAAGGCCAUGGCAGAUGCCAUGCAGCAGGCUCCAGCGCCAGCGCCCAGCGAGGCAGUGGCCUCUACUGCCGUAGCUUCGUCACCAGCUGCUGACUCGUCGGGUGAGGACGUCCUGCAAAAGUUCAUGAAGAGUUUUGAGGAGGCAGCAGGCUCAGACAAGGACUUCGAAAAGUCGAUGUCGACGUUGAUGUCGUCUAUGUUGUCCACCGAGCUUCUAACAGAGCCGCUGCAGCAGAUAGCGGAUAAGUUGGAGCCAUAUCUUAAAGAGAAGAAGGGUCUGUCCAAAGCAGAUAAGAGCCGAUAUGAGGCUCAGCUGAAGCUGUACAGGCAGAUAGUCAGUGUGUACAAGCAGAACCCAGAUCCUCUUCCCGAUUCUGCCCGAGAUCAGGUGCAACGCAUGCUGAACGAGCUGCAGCAGCUCGGGCAGCCGCCCGAAGAAGUCAUGGCCCAGAUCGUCCCGCAAGAAGCCACAGAAGGAGCUGAGUCCUUCGAGGACUUCAUGAAAAACAUGGGCCUCGACUCGCAGCUCGCUGGACCUGAGCAGGAACUGUUCAAGAAGAUUGCCGAUGAUCCUGAGGAGUUGGCAAAGGUGAUGAAGGAGAUGACUGGGGCUAUGCCAGAGGAGGCCUGCAAGCAACAAUGA